AACCUGCCUAUUUUAUGCAUUGCUGAGGCUGAAAGAAAACCAUUAGACAAUCGUGGCGAGCUGAAGCCUACAGUAAGGCCUUUACAAUUAUUUCUAACUUGCUGCCGUUCGAAAUUUAGCAAAUUACUGAAAAACGUUGUGCCUUUGGGAAGUUCUGCAUUCCAUCACUGUGUUCGGAAAAGCUUUCUCUACCCAGACAGACCACCACCCAACUUGGCUUGUCAUUGAGUGUGGGAGGGCAGGCUGCCACAGAAGGCGGGGCAGAACCUCGUUUACGCUACGGCUUUACAAAUCGGCCACGAGGUCUCUGGUUCUUUCAGUUAUUUUUUUUCUCAGUCCGUGGCUAAGAAAAAGCUGUAGGCUAUCGCGGUGUAGAACCAAAAUACGUAGGGCAGAUCAGUUGGCUACUUCAAGACACGAAGCUCUGAAGAGUUCCGACAGUGUGAAGUCACCGCGCCUGUCGUGAAGGAUUGCAGGCUGUGAUGGAGAAAGCUCCGUUGCCUGGAGAUGAACGGGACACAGGUGAGGCACAGCAGAGAGCCGUGGUGGACGUCGCUGGUGUGGACGGUACCGAGGCGGUGGUGGCGCGUGAUGGCUGGGACAGUAAGCUAGAGUAUGUGCUGGCCCAGGUGGGCUUCAGUGUGGGGCUGGGAAACGUGUGGAGGUUCCCAUACCUCUGCCACCAAAAUGGAGGAGGGGCCUUUCUGCUGCUCUACAUCCUGCUGAUGUUGGUGGUCGGCGUGCCCCUGUUCUUCCUGGAGCUUGCAGCCGGGCAGAGCAUCCGGCAGGGCAGCAUUGGUGUCUGGAAAUGCAUCUCCCCAAAACUGGCGGGGAUUGGCUACUCCAGUUGCCUGGUGUGCUUCUUUGUGGCAUUGUACUAUAAUGUGAUCAUUGGCUGGAGUCUGUUCUAUCUGGGGAACUCCUUCCAAAACCCCCUGCCCUGGCAGAACUGUCCAGAGGGUGCCAACGGCACAGUGGUGAAGGAGUGUGCUGCUAGCUCGCCCACUGCAUACUUUUGGUUCCGAAAAGCUUUGGACAUAACAGACUCCAUAAAUGAGAUUGGCCAGUUCAACUCCAUCAUGACCGGCUGUCUGCUUGCUGCCUGGGCAAUCGUCUGCCUCGGCAUGUUCAAGGGAAUCAAGUCGUCUGGGAAGGUGAUGUACUUCUCCUCCGUGUUUCCAUAUGUUGUGUUGCUGUGCUUCCUCAUCCGAGGCUUGCUGCUAGAUGGAGCAGUGGAUGGCCUCAAGUAUCUGCUCUACCCAGAGCUGUCGAUCUGGAAGGACGUGCAAGUGUGGCGGCAGGCCGCCACUCAGGUGUUCUUUGCGCUGGGCUUGGGCUUCGGGUCGGUUAUCGCCUACUCCUCCUACAACCCGCGGCACAACAACUGCCACCGCGACGCCAUCAUGGUGGCCUCCGUCAACUUCAUGACCUCCGUGCUGGCUUCGCUUGUCGUCUUCUCUGUACUCGGCUUCAGGGCCAAGAAAAUCACCUUAAGCUGUGUUACACAGAAUCUGGAGCUCCUGAAGUUUGAGACGGGUCAACAUAUUAACAUCACUGAGCCCGACGCCUACAAUGAGUGGCUUCAGGUGGCAGGCCCCAGCCUGCCCAUAAACCUGACCAACUGCACCAUGGAGAGAGAGAUGAAUAAGGGGGUUGAGGGCACUGGCCUGGCCUUCAUAGCGUUCACGGAGGCCAUGACUCUGUUUCCGGGCAGUCCCUUCUGGUCAGCACUCUUCUUCCUUAUGCUCCUCAAUCUGGGCCUCAGCACCAUGUUUGGCACCAUGGAGGGCAUCCUCACCCCGCUCUAUGACAACUUCGCCUCCCUCGCCAAACGCAAAACCGCCUUUACAGUGUUCAGCUGCACAUUGGGCUUCCUCAUCGGCCUGCUGUUUACCCAGCGGUGUGGUAACUACUUUGUGAUGAUGUUUGAUGAUUACUCUGCCACCCUGCCGCUCAUCAUUGUCGUGGUGUUCGAGACCAUCAGUGUUGCUUGGGUCUACGGGGCGGAUCGGUUUCUGGAUGACAUUGAGAAGAUGCUUCUCUGGCGCCCCCCACGGAUCUAUAAGUACUUGUGGAAGUAUGUGUGUCUCUUUGCUAUGGUUGGGUUGCUUAGUGCCAGCCUCGUACGAAUGGUUUUGCAGCGGCCCACCUACAAAGCCUACAGUCAGGAUUUGGCAUCUGAGGAGACUCUUGAGUACCCUGACUGGGCCCUGGCUGUUCUGUCCAUUCUCAUCGUCUGUGCCACUCUACCCGUUCCCGUCUGCUUCCUCUACCACACCCUCCGUGAGCACUUCGGCCAACCGGCUGGAGGGGGUGGGACCUCCCACAGCGUGGUGAACGGCCACUACAGACCGUGCAGCACCACAGACCCAGACGCCACGCCAGUGGACGCGCGACUGAUGAGCGAAGCUGGAACUCCUUUGACGCUGGCCGAGGACAGCCAAGGGCUCCUCUUUGAGUCGGAAGGGGUGGCGGAGUCAACAGGGCUGUGAGCACAACAGCAAACACUUAUUUUUUUAGGAGAAGAGUGAAGGCCCAGAUAUGUUCAAAUGAGAGGAUUCUCUGUUUGUAUGUGAACAUAAAAAAUGAGAUUACAUGACGGAUAGUGUAGAGGACUCGGAAAAGUGUCAGUUUACUGAACCGUUGGGCAAUUAAGUAGUUACAGAACCUGAAAAAGGUGCCAUACUCAUGUGUCUGUGAAACACUCUGUCACCUGAGGACAACAGAAUGGGGAUGAAUGGUGCCCGUAGGCACACAUUGGCAUCUCUGCCAGCCACGUGGGCAUCUUGGGUCUUUUUCUUGUAUCCUGUUACAUUUCACGGUUGCUCCGAGGGCCCAGCCACUUGAAUUUCGCAACACAUUUCUUGGUUUUACUUUUCCAGACAUUUCCAGAGCUGCUGUUUUUGGAGAAACAAGAUCUAGCUAUUCUUUCCCAGGCUUUUUUCUCUCCUGGAAGAGGGUUCUGCUGUUUCAGUGUUGCAUCUGAAGGUUGAGCGCUCGGCUGUUCCCAGGCCAGGCUCCCCCCCCCCCCGACACAUAUCCACACACACACACACACACACACACACACACACCCCAGCUGGACUCCAACUGCAACUGUGGGGGAAAGAUAAAAGGAUCUGAUCGUUUUCUCUCUAUCAGAAGAGAUGUGGUUAGUCUGCCAGUGCCUUCCACCAUUUUCUUUUUUUGUUGUUAUUUUUAUUAUUAUUUUUUUUAACUCCUGAAAUAUUUUUUUAAUGUUUACAUAUUUGUAGAUUUAUACAAAUAUCUAAAUUAACUUUUAAUCACAUGUGUCGAAUCAAUACCAACAUGCAGACGCUAGUGCAGGAGGAAAAAC